AUGGACUUCGUCCCCGGGGGAGAGCUGUUCCACCUCGUCAGCGCGCGCAAGCGCCUUCCGGAGGCGGAGGCGAUGUGCUACUUUGCGCAGGCGGUCGAGGCCCUGCACUUCGCGCACGGUGCUGGAAUCGCGCACCGCGACCUCAAGCUCGAGAACAUCCUCCUCGACCGGUGCCCUCACCCAUGGGAGCCGCCCGCGCGCGUCCGCAUCGCGGACUGGGGCUGCAGCAAGGACAUGGUGCAGUCGCUGGCGGGGCGCACCAUGGUGGGCACGUGCGCGUACGUGGCCCCGGAGGUCCUCCGCACCGCGCACAGCGGCGAGACGUACGACGGCGCCGCCGCGGACGUCUGGUCCCUCGGCGUCGUGCUGUACACCAUGCUGACGGGCUGCUACCCUUUUCAAGACCCCCCCCGUCGCGAGCACGCGUCAGGGGGGGAGUCCGACCCGAAGGCGCGCGCGGCGGACGAGAAGAUGGCGAUGGUGCGGAACAUCGCGGAGCUGCGGUUCCUCGUGCACCCUGCGCGCCUCGUAUUCGUGUCUGCGGGGGUGCGCGAACUGCUUCUCGGGAUGCUGGCGCCGAUCGAGGGGCGAAUGACGCUGGACGACGUGCGUGCGCACCCGACGUGCCACGCGGCGCACCGAGCGUUUGAGGCGUCGACCGCGGCGGCCGGGGCGGGUGCUGGAGGGGGGGGGAGUGAUGUUGAUUCUUCGGACGAGAAGGGGGGGGUGUCGCGGCUGCGGCGGUGGUGGAGCAAGCGGCGGGAGCGGGGCGGCUCGCGCGGGGGGUCGCCGGGGAGGAGGAACAACGGGGAGGAGGUGCGGAUGUAG